GGUGAUUCGUUGAAGUCACCAGUACCAAUCUGGAAUGGCUUCUACGGAAGUCGAUUCCCGCUUAGGUCGAGUUGUUAUCCCAGCUUUGGACAAGGUCAUUAAGAACGCCUCCUGGCGUAAGCACUCCAAGCUCGCUCACGAGUGCAAAUCCGUCAUCGAACGCCUCAGAUCGCCCGAAAAUUCCUCUCCCGUUGCCGACUCUGAUUCUGGAUCCUCCAUUCCUGGACCACUUCACGACGGAGGAGCCGCCGAAUACUCUCUCGCCGAGUCCGAGAUCAUCCUCAGCCCUCUCAUUAACGCCUCCUCCACCGGCGUUCUCAAAAUUGUCGAUCCGGCCGUUGAUUGCAUCCAGAAGCUUAUUGCUCAUGGCUAUGUUCGCGGUGAGGCCGAUCCCACCGGCGGACCUGAGGCGCUACUCCUUUCCAAGCUCAUCGAAACCAUCUGCAAAUGUCACGAGCUAGACGACGAAGGACUCGAGUUGCUCGUGCUGAAGACGCUCUUAACUGCGGUCACUUCAAUUUCCCUGAGGAUCCAUGGAGAUUCUUUGCUACAGAUCGUCAGGACUUGUUAUGGCAUCUACUUGGGAAGCAGAAACGUGGUUAACCAGGCGACUGCUAAGGCCUCGCUCGUGCAGAUGUCUGUUAUCGUCUUCAGAAGAAUGGAGGCAGAUUCUUCCACUGUCCCCAUUCAGCCCAUCGUCGUGGCCGAGCUGAUGGAGCCCAUGGACAAAUCCGAAUCAGACCCAUCUACGACGCAGUCUGUUCAAGGUUUCAUUACCAAGAUUAUGCAGGAUAUUGACGGAGUCUUCAAUUCAGCUAACGCCAAGGGCACAUUCGGCGGCCAUGACGGGGCCUUCGAGACUUCAUUGCCUGGGACUGCCAAUCCUACAGAUUUGUUGGAUUCUACUGAUAAGGAUAUGUUGGAUGCCAAGUACUGGGAGAUCAGUAUGUAUAAGUCGGCCCUAGAGGGAAGAAAAGGGGAGCUGGCCGAUGGAGAAGUAGAGAAAGACGAUGAUUCUGAGGUUCAGAUUGGGAAUAAGCUGAGAAGAGACGCCUUCUUGGUUUUCAGGGCACUUUGCAAGCUGUCCAUGAAGACGCCUCCAAAAGAAGAUCCAGAGUUGAUGAGAGGGAAGAUUGUGGCUCUCGAGUUAUUGAAGAUUCUGCUAGAGAAUGCCGGUGCUGUCUUUAGAACCAGCGAUAGGUUCUUAGGCGCCAUCAAGCACUUGGUUUCGAGAUUUCGUGCUGGGCUGAAGGCAGAGAUUGGGGUGUUCUUCCCUAUGAUUGUUCUAAGAGUAUUGGAGAAUGUUGCUCAACCUGAUUUUCAACAGAAGAUGAUAGUGCUUCGUUUCCUGGACAAGCUCUGCGUUGAUUCACAGAUUUUGGUAGAUAUCUUCAUCAACUAUGAUUGCGAUGUCAACUCAUCCAAUAUAUUCGAGAGGAUGGUCAAUGGUCUCCUUAAGACUGCUCAAGGAGUGCCUCCUGGUAUAGUUACUACCUUGUUGCCACCUCAGGAAGCAUCUAUGAAGCUUGAAGCCAUGAAAUGCUUAGUUGCUGUUUUAAGAUCUAUGGGAGACUGGGUGAAUAAGCAGUUGCGUCUUCCAGAUCCUUAUUCGGCAAAAAUAAUAGAAAUUGAUGAUAGAAAUCUUGAAGAAGGAAGUCAUCCGGUGGAAAAUGGUAAGGGGGAUGGAGGCCAUGGUGGUUUUGAAAGAUCAGAAUCUCAGUCUGAAUUGUCCAGUGGGACUUCUGAUGCCUUAGCAAUAGAGCAGCGCCGAGCUUACAAGCUUGAACUUCAGGAAGGUAUUUCUAUUUUCAACCAGAAACCUAAGAAAGGCAUUGAAUUUUUAAUCAAGGCAAACAAGGUGGGGGACUCGCCAGAGGAAAUAGCAGCUUUUCUCAAAGAUGCAUCAGGGUUGAACAAGACUUUGAGCGAUACUGUAAAUGUAACCCAAAGGCUUUUUUCUAGCGCUGAUACGGCAUAUGUCCUUGCUUACUCAGUCAUUUUGCUCAACACAGAUGCACAUAACCCUAUGGUGAAGAGCAAGAUGACAGCUGAUGGUUUUAUUAGAAAUAAUCGUGGUAUAGAUGAUGGGAAAGAUUUGCCUGAGGACUAUCUACGUGCAUUAUAUGAAAGGAUAUCUAGAAAUGAGAUAAAGAUGAAGGACGAUGGUUUGGGUCCGCAACAGAAGCAGCCGACAAACUCAAGUAGAUUACUUGGCUUAGAUACUAUCUUGAAUAUUGUUGUUCCUAGGCGAGGUGACGAUAUGUACAUGGAGACCAGUGAUGAUCUUAUCAGGCAUAUGCAAGAGAGGUUUAAAGAAAAAGCUCGCAAAUCUGAGUCAGUUUAUUAUGCAGCCUCGGAUGUGGUUAUACUCAGAUUUAUGGUUGAGGUUUGUUGGGCUCCUAUGUUGGCAGCUUUCAGUGUUCCACUUGACCAGAGUGAUGAUGCAGUAAUUACAACAUUAUGUCUGGAGGGUUUCCACCAUGCCAUCCAUGUCACUUCUGUAAUGUCCUUAAAAACGCACAGAGAUGCUUUUGUGACUUCACUAGCAAAAUUUACUUCCCUCCACUCUCCUGCUGAUAUCAAGCAAAAAAACAUUGAAGCCAUAAAGGCAAUAGUAAAACUGGCGGAGGAAGAAGGUAACUAUCUACAAGAUGCUUGGGAGCAUAUACUGACUUGUGUUUCACGGUUUGAGCAUCUUCAUCUCUUGGGGGAAGGAGCGCCUCCUGAUGCCACUUUCUUUGCAUUUCCUCAAACCGAGUCAGGAAACUCUCCACUGGCUAAGCCAAAUUCCGUACCUGCAGUUAAAGAAAGAGCACCUGGAAAACUUCAGUAUGCUGCAUCUGCUGUGAUAAGGGGAUCCUACGAUGGUUCCGGUGUUGCUGGAAAGGCUUCUAAUACAGUGACAUCUGAACAGAUGAACAACUUGAUAUCUAAUCUGAACUUGCUAGAACAAGUUGGUGACAUGAGUCGGAUAUUUACUCGUAGUCAAAGAUUGAAUAGUGAAGCCAUAAUUGACUUUGUUAAGGCCCUCUGCAAAGUUUCCAUGGAUGAGUUACGAUCUCCAUCUGAUCCACGGGUCUUCAGCCUAACAAAGAUUGUGGAAAUAGCGCACUAUAACAUGAACCGCAUAAGACUUGUCUGGUCGAGCAUCUGGCAUGUGCUCUCCGAUUUCUUUGUGACUAUUGGCUGUUCUGAUAACCUCUCCAUUGCAAUAUUUGCUAUGGAUUCUUUGCGCCAGCUGUCUAUGAAGUUCUUAGAGCGGGAAGAGUUGGCAAAUUAUAACUUCCAAAAUGAAUUUAUGAAACCUUUUGUUGUUGUCAUGCGCAAAAGUGGUGCUGUUGAGAUCAGGGAAUUGAUUAUACGAUGUGUCUCACAGAUGGUUUUAUCCCGUGUUGACAAUGUUAAGUCGGGAUGGAAGAGUAUGUUCAUGAUUUUCACGACAGCAGCACAUGAUGCACAUAAAAAUAUUGUGUUCCUGUCUUUUGAAAUGGUUGAGAAGAUUAUCCGAGACUACUUCCCACACAUCACGGAGACAGAGACAACCACCUUCACAGACUGUGUGAAUUGCCUUGUUGCGUUCACCAAUUGUAAAUUUGAGAAAGAUAUUAGUCUCCAAGCCAUUGCUUUCCUUCAAUACUGCGCAAGAAAACUUGCUGAAGGCUAUGUUGGUUCAUCACAGAGGAGGAACCCUCCAUCAUCUCCUCAGGGUGGAAAAAGUGGAAAACAAGAUAGUGGAAAGUUUCUAGAAAGUGACGAACAUUUGUAUUCUUGGUUUCCACUGUUAGCCGGUUUAUCUGAACUUAGUUUCGACCCAAGAGCAGAAAUUAGGAAGGUUGCAUUGAAAGUCCUGUUUGAUACUCUGAGGAACCAUGGUGACCAUUUCAGUCUGUCGUUAUGGGAACGGGUUUUUGAGUCUGUUUUAUUUCGGAUAUUCGACUAUGUGCGUCAGGACGUUGACCCAUCUGAGGAUGAUUCAACAGAUCAGAGAGGUUACAAUGGUGAAGUCGACCAAGAGUCUUGGCUUUAUGAGACAUGCUCGUUGGCUCUACAGCUAGUUGUAGACCUCUUUGUAAAUUUCUACAAGACAGUUAACCCUCUCCUUAAGAAGGUACUGAUGUUAUUCGUAAGCUUGAUAAAACGUCCUCACCAAAGUCUUGCUGGUGCGGGUAUUGCUGCGCUUGUCCGUCUGAUGAGAGAUGUCGGUCAUCAAUUCUCUGACGAGCAAUGGCUCGAGGUUGUGUCAUGUAUCAAAGAAGCAGCAGAUGCUACAGCUCCUGACUUCUCAUACGUUACCAGUGAAGAAUUGACGGAGGAUGUAAGCAAUGAGGACGAAACAAAUGAUAAUUCCAACGACGCACUGAGAAGAAGGAACAGGCAGCUUCAAGCUGUCGUGGCAGAUGCCAAAUCCAAAGCUUCAAUUCAGAUUUUUGUGAUUCAGGCGGUAACAGAUAUCUACGACAUGUAUCGUAUGUCUCUCACAGCCAAUCACAUGUUGAUGCUCUUCGACGCUAUGCACGGCAUUGGAUCCAACGCUCACAAAAUCAACGCUGAUCUACUCUUACGUUCCAAGCUCCAGGAGCUCGGGUUGUCCCCUGAAUCCCAAGAAGCUCCUCUGCUGCGCCUGGAGAACGAAUCUUUCCAAACAUGUAUGACCUUCUUAGACAACCUCAUCUCAGAUCAGCCUGUGGGUUACAACGAGGCUGAAAUAGAAACCCACCUCAUAAGCCUCUGCAGAGAGGUGUUAGAGUUCUACAUAAAUAUUUCAUGUUCAAAGGAGCAGUCGUCUAGGUGGGCGGUGCCCUCGGGGUCGGGAAAAAAGAAGGAGCUAACAGCGCGGGCUCCGCUAGUGGUGGCUGCAAUUCAGACACUGGGAAACAUGGGAGAGUCACUGUUCAAGAAGAACUUGCCGGAGUUGUUUCCGUUGAUAGCGACGUUGAUAAGCUGUGAACAUGGGUCAGGGGAGGUGCAAAUAGCUCUUAGUGACAUGCUUCAGACAUCAAUGGGACCUGUUGUCCUCCGCUCUUGCUGCUAAUAUCUAUCUCUCUGUAAGAUUUCUUCAUUUUCUCCCUCGAUUUUCAUCAUAAUUCUGUUUGGGUCUUCUCUUGAGUUUUUAUCACAAAAUUACUACAUUUGCUUUAUUGUUUGGUAGCCAUGGGAAGAGAUUAGCGUUCACGAGGGAUUUUUUCUUUCUUUCUUAUAUGUAAAUUGUAAAAUAUUAGACAGUCUGUGUUUUUGACACGUUGUUGCAUAAUAAGUUUAGCAAAUUUUC